CCCUCCCCCUCUACACUCCGCUGUGAGGGCUGCAUUUCAUGACGACGCUGAGGAUUUGGGAAAGGAGCUGACGAAAGCCAGUGCGCCGGAGGAGUCCCCUGCGGUGGAAAGGAGUAAUAACGAAAUACGCCGCUGUUCGUUCAGGGUUUUACAUCCACUCGCCCUGCAACUCCGCUUGCAGAAUACUUGCUAAGCAGCCCUGAAAAACGCAGACAGGGGGGCCGGGUCCUUUCUGCUCCAAAAAGUUGCUUUUUCUCAAGUGUUAUCCCCUAGGGACGGGGAUGAUGUCGCCUAAGCAGCUUGUCACGGCUAAAGUGUCAUCCUGACUUCGUGAGUAAUAAACGUCGCGGACGUAAGGCUGUGACACUGUGUCCCUCCAAGCAGCCCCCCGACCCCCCCACUGCGAGAUGCUGAUGAGAUGGCUGGGACAACGCCUGCCUUGUGAGGGCUCUUUGUUAAACUCUUGCUCGGCCGAACGUUGCUCUCCUGUUGGCUUGCGUGUGCUGUCGUUGGCUGGGAAGUUAUGAAUACAGUAGAACCGCAGAGUUACGAACACCAGUUCUGAACUGACUGGCCAGCCACACCCCUCGUUUGGAACGGGAAGCGUGCGGCCAGGCAGCAGCAGAGACACCCACCCCGAAAAGCAAACACGGGACGGGACUCGGCUUAACACGCAGCAAGGGAAAGCAGCAUUUUGCUUCGGCACAGGAAAGUUUCCAGGCUGGAGAAGUCAAUGUUCCGUUGUGAACUUGCGAAGGAACAAACCCUAAUGUUUGGUUCAGCGUUAGGAACGUUUCAGAGGGGCUGCUUUAGUUCAGAGUCUUCAGCGUUUCCGAAAACCGAUUUUGCCAAAAAGCCGGACGAGGCCAAAACCUGCCUGUAACAGACCUCAGUGUGGCGGGUGGGACUCGCCCAUACUGGCAGAGGGAGAAAGGUCGUCGUCGUGCACACCAGGAACCGAGCCCUGGAGCUCCUCGAACAGCAUCACGGACACCAAGGAAUCUUUCAAACGAGAACCGCGCUGACCGCCCGAUACUAUUGGCCUGGGAUGAUGAAGGACAUCGUCCAGUGGGUGGAGCGAUGUGUGAAGCGCCAGAAGGGGAGAAAAGCUGUAACUCUGCACACCCCCGUGCAAAGCACAACGGACACCCCCGUGCAAAGCAGAAAGGAAGUGUGUCCUGCUCCAGCUCUGUCCAGCUGCCCCUUGCUCCCGGACUCCACUGAGUGGCGGUGGCAGACCGACGCCAUGACGUCCCGCCUGGAUCUCUCCCACCUCCUCCCGCCCCCCCGCUUGCGCCAGCUGGUCCGGGACUGGCUCCAAGAGGAUGCCCCGGCCUUCGACCCCGCCGGCUGUGCGGUGGGGGAAGGCCUGGAGCGCGCUGCCCUCCUCUGCAAGUCUCCCGGGGUGUUGGCUGGCUGCCCCUUCUUUGACGCCGUCUUUACCGAGCUGGGCUGCACCGUGGAGUGGUUCCAGCCCGAGGGGGCCUGGCUGGAGCCUGUGGCCCGCGUGGCCGAGGUCCGCGGCAAAGCCCGCCACUUGUUGCUCGGGGAGAGGACUGCUCUGAAUUGCCUGGGACGGUGCAGCGGGGUGGCCACAGCCACGGGACGGGCCUGCCGGCUGGCACAGGAAGCCGGCUGGCACGGGCAAGUGGCCGGGACGAGGAAGACCACGCCGGGUUUCAGGCUGGCCGAGAAGUACGCCCUGCUGGUGGGGGGAGCUUCGGGCCACCGCUACGACUUGGGUAGUCUCAUCAUGCUGAAGGAUAACCACGUCUGGGCUGCGGGAGGAAUUGCCCAGGCCAUCCAGGAAGCCCAGCGAGUGGCUGGCUUUCAUCUGAAGCUGGAGGUGGAGUGUCGUUCGCUGGUAGAGGCACUGGAAGCCGCAGAGGCCGGAUCUGACAUCAUCAUGCUAGAUAACUUCUCCCCGGAGGAUUUGCAUCCCGCCGCCAGUGCCCUGAAAGCCGCCCACCCCCGGGUGAUGGUGGAAGCCAGCGGGGGGAUCUCGGAGGAGAAUAUCUCCCAAUUCUUCGGCCCGUGUAUAGACGUCCUUUCUCUGGGAUGCCUCACCCAGUCGUCCCGAGCCGUGGAUUUUUCCCUCAAAAUCUGUCGGGAGACACCAGUCCAGAGAGAUUUUGCCUUCUAAGACCAUAAGCCCCAAUUUUCAGGGCAGAGUGUGAGAUUUUAGCUCAGUGAAAUCAAAGGUCAGGGAGUUUCACAGAUUAACAGAUAAAAUUUUCUAGUUUCUUCCAUGUACAGUAUGCUGUUUUGAUUUUCUCACUUUGAAUCUUUCCUAAGAACCAUCAGACACUUCAUUUCCUAACCUGGGAUUGAAAUUUUAAGCUCUGUAAACUCAUGUGGUGGGGAGUUCCACUGGCUACUGGUUAAAAUCAUCUUCCUUCUAAAAUGUGAUACCUUAAUUUGCCCACUAUAAUUCUGUCCUAAGAUGUAUCACAUGCUAAAUUUUCUAAGACAUGUGUGAAAUUUUAACUCAAAAUUGUGUGUCAGGAAGUUCCAGAGGUUAAUUGAUACAAUUAUUUCAUAUGUUCCCUCUAAGAUGUGCUGUCUUGAUUUGUGCACUUUAAUUUUGCCUUAAGAGCCAUCGCAUACUAAAUUUUCUAAAACCACAUGUGCAGUUUUAGCUCCCUAAAAUCAUGUGCCAGAGUGUUCCACAGAUUAAUGUCUAAAAUCAUCCCAUAUCUUUCCCCUGAAAUGUGCUGUCUUGAUUUUACAUUUUUGAAUUGCUCCGAAGAACCAUCAGGUCCCAAAUUUCCUGAGCCGUGUGUGAAAUUGUAACUCCAUGAAAUCAUGUGGCAGGGCGUUCCAUAGAUUAACAGAUAAACGUAUCUAAUUUCUUCAUUCCAAAACCUGCUGUGACAUCCUGACCUGACUGACGUUGUAGGAAAAUAACCACAGACUUCAGUGGGGCCAGGAUUUCAGCCACCGCCACUUCAUUAGCCCACCUUGAUCCCUAUAUAAACAGCCAAUGUGCCCCACUCCAGAAGCAGUCGCAACAGGACAGAGCAGGACACCGAGAGAGUUAAAAACAGGUUUCCUCAUCUUUAUUGAGACUUUUUUUCCCUCAAUUCUUGACACAGGUCCUGAUCAGUUUCUUAAGACUCUGGCUGCAGGGUGGGGAAGGGCA